AUGAUUACAUCGACUUGGACUUCUGCUCUAGUAGCAGCAGCUUUCGUACCAUCUAUUGUUUCUGCAGUUCCUCAUGGUGGACACUCUCCUGGAAAGGGCCAUGGCAUCGCCGCCGAUGACUUCGUUUCCGUUGACGGCUUCAAGCUCAAGGAUCGCCAGGGCACCGUCUAUCUCACUGGACUCAACUACUGGUCCUGUAUGAACCUAGCCGCCGAUGACCAUGUUGGAGGCAACUACUCGCGCUUCAUCACUGAACUAGACCAGAUGAAAGCUCAUGGGGUCAACCAUCUCCGCAUCAUGGCUGCUUCGGAAGGCGCACCCACCCAUCAACCUUUCAGAAUGUAUCCUGCUUUGAUGGAGAGCCCUGGAAACUACAACGAAGCAAUCUUUGUCGGCCUGGACCGCUGCCUGAACGAGAUGAGCAAGCGAGGCAUGCGAGCCACCAUGACUCUGGCUAAUGAAUGGCAAUGGAGCGGUGGCUUUGGUCAAUACGUCUCUUGGGCUACAAACAACAGUCAGAUUCCCUACCCGUCAUCUUGGAAUUUAACAGCGAAUCCUCAGCGCUCUGAGCCAGGCACUGGUUGGGGCAAUUACACAGUCGAAGGCGUAGAUGCCGAAUCUUACGGCAACUUCACCGCUUACGCAAACCGCUUCUACACGAUCCCAAAGUGUCAGGAAUGGUACCAUGCCCAUAUUUCCAAGAUUCUCAAUCGCGUGAACACAGUCAAUGGCCGCAAAUACAAGGAGGACGCUACUGUCAUGACAUGGCAGCUUGCCAAUGAACCUCAACCCGCUGUUGUCCCUACCGAAUACCUUGGCCCUUACUCCCUCGAAUUACCAGCAGCGCCUGAAGACGUCAUCAUCCCCUGGGUCAAGAACAGCAGCGCCUACAUUAAAUCACUUGCACCCAAGCAAUUGGUCAAUGUCGGCUUCGAAGGCAAGCAAGGAAAAUGGUACUUCCAAGCCGUUCAUAACUUCAGCACUGUUGACUACGGCACCACUCAUUGUUGGGUCCAAAAUUGGGGUGUCUACGAUAUGCUCAACUCUUCUGCUACAAACUUGGAAGCUGCCAAGAGUUUUGCUACAGCGUUUGUUGCCAACUCUAGUGAAUGGAGUAGAGAGAUUGGAAAGCCUGUCUUUCUUGAGGAGUUUGGUAUGGCAAGAAACAACUGGGAAAAUAGUGGCAAGGAAUAUCCUUACCUCAGUUCGGCGGGCACUAGUAAUAAGGAUGAGUACUUCACUACCAUCAUCGGCGCCACCAUGAAUGACUUCAAGUCCGAAAUCGGAACAUAUGUCGGAAGCUGUCCUUGGGCAUAUGGCGGAUUAUAUCGUCCGGAGAUACAACAUGCUAAUGCCUUUGGCGAGGUCUGGGCUGGUGACCCGCCGCAUGAGGCACCCGGUUGGUACGAUCUGUACGAUACCGAUGAAGCUAUGAACAUUGUGCAUCGUCAGCAGCAACAAAUUGCUCAGUAUUUGAGCAAGGGACAUUGA